AACUCCGGCGCCGUGAUGCCUGUCCACACGAGCCUUCCGCCUCUGCCUCCACCUCCCACCCCCACCCCAACCCCGCCCGCCCUCCGUACCGCCGCCGGCGGCGGCGGCGUGGAGUUCCGCCGCAAGCUCCACUUCCUGUCGGCCGAGCUCCACCUUGACCCAUUCCCGCUCCUCGCCCUACACCCAGAGCUCCGCUCGGCGCCGCUCCCGCUCCUCCACGACUCGCUCCGCCUCCUCCUCUCGCACGGGCUCUCCGCGGGCGACGCCUCCCGCGUCUUCGCGGCCUUCCCGGCGCUCCUCACCUCGCCCCCGGAGGAGUCCCUCCGCUUCCUCUCCGCCGCCGCGCCGCUGCCCCCUCCGCUCCUCCGCGCCGCGGUGGUCCGCUCCCCUCGCCUCCUCGCCGCGUCCAUCCCGGACACCCUCAGCCCCGCGCUCCACUUCCUUCGCCACCGCAUCUCCCUGCGCCGGAGGCCGCUCCCGCUCGCCGCCGCCCUGCUCCUCGCCUUCUCCGUCGACCGCACCCUCCUCCCCAAGCUCCUGUUCAUCGGCGAAGCCACGGGGCUCCCUGACCCCGCCGUCUGCACCAUUAUUCGCCGCGCCCCCGCCAUCCUCUCCUAUGGCAUCCAGACCAACCUCACGCCCAAGCUCAAGUUCCUCGCCGAUGGCAUGGGCAAGGAUCCAGCCACCGAGCUCACCGAGUUCCCGCACUACUUCGCGUUCAGCCUGGAGGGGAGGAUCAGGCCCAGGCACCAGACCUUGAGGGUCAGGGGCGUUGAGAUGUCAAUAAAGGACAUGCUCACCAUCAGCGACGAUGAGUUCAAGGAGCGGCUCGUCGAUGCCGCACUGUCGAGGCAGAGGACGUGAACCUGCACUCAGAAGCAGGGUAUCCGUGGUGGCUGUACUGAAUCUGCUUGUGCAAAAUGGCAGCGCACUUGGUUUGGAUUUGAUCAAGAAGAUCACCCUCUAAUGCGCUGGAUGCCAUCAACAGUAACUUGGAAGAGUUUCAUGUGUUAAUCUGGAUUCACUAUCAACUAAGCCCGAGGGCAAGGCUGAGAUAUAUGAAGGUCAUCAGGAGAGAGGCAAGAGUUUGUGAUCUGUGAAGAAUGAUCAUUUUAUAGUCAUUGCUGUGAGUCAAUGAUGUUCACAAUGACAUGAAAAAAGUGACUGCUAUUAUGAUUUUUCUCGAAUGGUCUGUUGCUGCUAAGUUGAUACAAUUUGUCUCCUAACCUUGGAGGAAAGAUGGGGUCUGAGCAUGAGCUGUUUGAGAAGGACAUUUUUGUUUGAUGGUGGAGCUGUGGGACUUAGGUUUAGGGUUUUCAUGGGAUUAUGUGAAUGGAAUUGUUAUUUGGUUCA